AGGAUGGGAGAACAAUGAAACCUUUUUCCUUGUUACAACUUUGCCGCAUUGGUGUCAUAAUUUAUGACUGGUUUGACAUUUCCCAGCUGAAAAACUACUACAUUAAUUUUGGUUUAGAUCACUUCAACAUGUCAUGGAAAAAGAUUGCAUAAGGGGUCUUGUUGAUUGCCUCUUAGGGAAGUGCAGGUCCAUUUGCUUCAGGAGAUUGAAUCCUCCCUGAUCUUACAAUUCAAGGCUCUAUAAGACCAAACUACAAUCUACAAACAUUUCCAAACACAUACUAAUUCAGCCAUGCUACCAAACGUACUUGGAAAGUGAUGGGGGUCACAGUUCAUUCAUGGAUGCUUGGAAUUCCACCCUUGCUUUUUCUUUAGAGUUUGGCAGAUGAGCCAGUGGCGUUAUCCUCCACAUGUUUCUCCCCCUUUUAAAGGCUACAGGAAUGAAGAUUGGCAAGAAAAUGAUGGAACACUAAACACAAUAUCCAUGACUCAUCCUCGCUUGCCAAUUGAACAACCCAGCUGCUUGAUUAAGCCUGAUUCAGACUGUGAACUCUUACAACCGGGCAUCAGGCAUUACAAGUUUAUAGAGGGUGAUCACAUAACAUUCAUAAUAGCAGGAAGGACUUUUGAUUUAAUAUAUGACAGUAUUUUUAAAAGCUGCAAAAAGCAUGUAUUAUUUAGGAAGAAACCUCGGAUAGUGACUAAUGAAGUCCAUCCUUAGCUUAGCAUAUAUCAUAGGGCUAUGUCCUCACAACACAAGUCACAACCACCAAAGUGUGUACAUCAUUAUUAAAUAAUGCGCAAAGUAUCACAUAAUCUUAGCUUCA